AUGACUAAGUUUCUUUUUUCCUUCCCAUCAUAUGUUCCUAUUGUGUGUCAAGAAAACAGAAAAUUUAAAUACCAUUUUAAGAAUUCAUCGUUUAGAGCACUAAAGCAGAUACAGCUAAUCUAUGUUCGAAUACAUGACAGUCCGUUAAAAAUGGAGAACGAGGUUUGGAAAGUGUAG